AUGAAGAAGAAUCGCAGUAGUAAGAAUACGUCUCCCACGUCGCCGAGUUCGCAGGACACGAGGUUUUCGAAGCCGAGCAACGCCAGUACGAUGCGGACCAACGCCACCACGACCACGCAUACUGCCGCCUCCUCAGUAGACGAUUCGGCAUCAUAUCCACCAGCGACUCCUUCGCACGAUCAUGACGACAGCCCAUCCUGCUCCUUCCCACCCUCAGACGUGGUAGACGCGGACGAAUGGCUCUCCCGCUUCCGCUCCGACCCCGACCUCGCCAUCGCCGUCAGCGACGAAUGUCCCGACCGCGCCACCCUAGCCGCCGUCUACGACCUCCCCAUCUACGCCGCGGACGGCACCUCCCGGCCCUUCGGAUCCCUCUACGACCCAGCCUACAGCCUGCAUUCCCGCCAACUGGUGCUCUUCGUCCGGCACUUCUACUGCGGCGCCUGCCAAGCCUAUCUCCAAUGCCUCGCCAAGAGCAUCACGAAAGAAGAUUACUUCAGCAUCCCCAUCCCGACUUCGAUAAUAGUCAUCGGCUGCGGGAAACCGGAUCUCAUCACCCACUACAAGAAAUUCACCAACUGCCCCUUCCCCAUCUUCGCCGACCCCACCCGCCAAUUAUUCAAGAAACUCGGCAUGGUGAUCAGCGCCAAUAUCGGCACCACCCGGCCGGAAUAUAUGAAGGACAUCAGUGCCGCUGCAUGGGGGCUGGGGCAGAUGAAGCAGAUGCGGCAGAGUUUGCGAGAUCCCGACGGGAUCAGGUACAAGGAUGUGGUGAGGGGCGGGAAUCCGAUGCAGAUUGGCGGGGAGUUUUUGUUGGAGGAGGGCGAGGUGGUGUGGUGUCAUCGGAUGCGGAAUUUUCGGAAUCAUGCUGAGAUGGGGGUGUUGAGGAAGUUGUUGGAGUUGGAUGAGUAG